AUGAAGAAUCAUGAGAAGAAGCAUAAGAACAAACCUACACAGUUUAUAAGCGUGGCUGGCGGGGUUCAAAAGCGAUUACAGAAGAAUAUCAAAUAUAGAAAAAGCAGUCGGCUAUCUAUUUUUGACAGUAUCCGAAAUUUGCCGUCAUGUGAUGUGCCCGAGCCUAUAUCAGAGAGCCAGAAGAAAGUGGAGCACAGAAGGAUGCAGUUAGAGAAGUGGAAAGAAGAGAAGGAGAAGAAGAAAAAGGAUGCAGCCGCACAAAAAAAGAAACCAUUUGUGGCAGGCAUAGCCCAUCCUCCACUGAAUUACGUACCACCGCCACCACCCAAACCGAUGCCAAGUACAUCAGGAAGGGUCACCAGGUCCCAGUCCUCAAAAGCAAAUAGUCAAAUAAAGAACUCUACAGCAACUAAAAUAACUAAAGUUUCACAAUCUUUCGCACCUAGUAAUGCGUCAUUUAAACCGCCAGAGUUAAAAAAUUUAGCUAAGAUACCAACCCUUGCCCCAAUAGUGCAAAAUGCUAAAAACAUAAGUCCUUGCGUCACACUUUCUAGAGGCAAGGAUAAUGCCAGAAAAGAAAUGAAAAAGAAAAUAAAAGAAGGCUUACUGGACGAUGACACCAGCAACAUGGAGAGUGUGGACUACUUCAGAUGCCAAUUGGAUUCGGAGGUGAAGCGUAUUACGGAGAUGUGUGACACUUGGGAAAAGAUCUCACAACAAGCACCACUGACAGAAUUGGCAAUGGAAGCAUUGUUAGGAGCGGUGGGGCAGGGUCGCCUACUGGUGUCGCAGAAGCUGGCCCAAUUUGGGUCUCUGGUGGCGGCGUGUGCAAAACCGGAGCCGGGUGCGGCCCUUGUCACGCCGGCGGACCUGCAUGGCUUCUGGGACAUGGUCUUCAUGCAGGUCGAAAACGUGGAUAUGCGUUUUAAAAAGCUUGAGGAGCUUCGCGCACGCAAUUGGGUAGAGGAACAGCCCAUAAUACAGAAAAGAAAAGCGCCAAAGAUAGUCAAGAAUAAUACGAAACCCGCUGCCACCAGCCGUCUUCGUGAUCUAAUAGCAGCCGCGAGGAAGGCUAAGAAGGAGAAAGAGCCAUCGUCGCUAACCGAAGCCGGUUCAGGUGCUGCGGAAGAGAACAGCAAGACUUUUGAAGCGGGAUUCUUCUGCGUCCGUUCGCCUGUAAAGUCGCCAAGGGCCCCCGCCACGCCCACUUUGCUGAAAGCCGUACUCUCCAAUGAAGCGAAGAAGGCAUCUGCGUCGAAGAAUUGUGCAUCUUUUGCUAUGCUUCGAGCAUCUCUCAUAGGCAAGAAUGUGGAAAACAGUGAUAUGGCAUCAGAGCAUUUGAAGACGCCAAUAAAUCUUACGGCUACACCAGCAAGGAGUAUUCUCAAGUCGACUAAUGUUGCAUCAUCUAAAAGGAAGUCUGGAAAGAAGUCAAUAAAGGUUGUUUUAUUCAAUGAUUCUGAUGUUGAAUCGCAGGAGACUAAAGAAGACAGUUUAGCACAAAGCCUUGAGGAAAAUGAGAAACUAGCAGAAAUUAAUAUCGACAGUGGCCUAUCCUCUAUGGACGUAGAUAAAGAAGUAGAAAUCAACAAGGAGAAUGUAAAGCGGAAGUCUAAACUCCUCAGACAGAAUGCAUUGGACAAUAGAAGCCCUGUGUUGACAAGAAGCAGAUGCAAGAGCAUGAAUACUCCAUUGUUGGACAUCACCGAAAACCUGGAAGAUAGAAGAAGAUCCAGAGGGAGAGUGAAGGAAAGCAAUAUAGAAGAGAAGACUAACCAGACACCUAAGCGUUCAACAAGAAAAAAGAAGAAUUCCGUUAUAGACGUCAAUGAUAUUGAG